GUGAGCUUAUUAGACGGACUUUUUGCCUUUUCCUCGUUAGCACAGAAAUUUCCCACACACACAAACACUCGAGCAUACAAAGACGAUUUGAGUAGAUUUAGCACUUUCCAUUUCUUGGACGCGGUGAAAAUCUGUGUGGUCUUUUGGAGUUUAAGUAUAGUAAAGUUACAAGCGACAGAAGUCAUUCUUUGUGAGUGAAAAGCUUGAGAGAUGUUACAGUUGAAAUUCCCCCUUGUGAAAUUGAACAUGUGAGUAAAUUUUCCACCAGAAAAGUUUAUACAUUUCGUGUGCCUGUGGCGAGGAGAAGAGUCUUAAAAAUACACCAUCACACAGACACAAGUGGCUUCAGUGCAGUUCCUUAUGUGUUGUUAAUUUAUAUUUAAACCCAAUGUGCCUGGUACGAUCGAGUGGAUCCGUCCGGACGCCACUCUCAUCACAUCCCAGCACAUUUCGACUGCAUUUGACGAGAGAAAUACGGCUGGGAAGCUGUGCUGCCAGAAAUCAACCCGCGGGGUGGCGAAUUUGCCACCGCUAAUUGCGCACACAUCAGCAACCCUGAAGGCCAGUGUCGAAGAGCCAAAGUUGGAACGAUUUCUACUCUCUUGCGCACUUUCUCUUGCUCCCCAUUGUGACUUUUGCGCUAUUUUUGCUGUUGAUGUGAGGAUUUUCAAUUAAAUUUUGCGGUCAGAAAACACAUCCGAAAGCAAGCGAGAGAGAGAGAGAGUGAAAGACAUUUUGUGUUGUGCUCCGCGCGGCGAUUUGGCAGCCGGUGGAGAACACACAGGAAAAAGGGGAGCAGACAGUUUGUGGGGUACGAAUGUGGAAUUCGGGAAAUUCGGUCACACAACACAGUGAUGAUGCACGCAGAGAUGCAAGCUUGAUGAGCUGAGAGGACGCAGACGAGAUGAACACAAAUCGCAAGAAUAUCGGACACAUUCACAGAGUCCGGGAAUUUGAGCUAGAAAAGGUGAGCCUCGCUGAUGAAUUUGAUAUCCUGCAAAUUGUCGGCGAGGGAUGGUUCGGCAAGAUCCUGCUGGUGGAGCACAAGGCCACGGACAUGGAGAUGGUACUGAAGGCACUGCCGAAGCCCUACGUCUCCCUGCGCGACUUCUAUCGCGAAUUCCACUUUGGGCUGCACUUGGGCGCCCACAAGAACAUCGUCACCACAUACGAUGUGGCCUUCGAGACAGCCGGCUUCUACGUCUUCACGCAGGAGUACGCGCCACUGGGCGAUCUCACGUCCAACGUCCUGGACACGGGCAUCGGGGAGAUCCACUCGAAGAAGGUGGCCAAGCAGAUCGCCUCGGCCCUGGAUUACAUGCACUUCAGAGACAUCGUCCAUCGUGACGUGAAACUGGACAACGUCCUCGUGUUCAAGUCCGACUUUUCCCGCGUGAAACUCUGUGACUUUGGCGAAUCCAGGAGGAUCAACGCCAGCGUUCAGCGCCGCAACGAGUGGCUGGCCUACAGUCCUCCGGAAGUCCUGGCUGUGCGCACGGACGACACUUACAAGACAAAUCCAUCGCAUGACGUGUGGCAGUUCGCAAUUGUGGUGUUUGUGUGCCUCACAGGCUGUCUUCCGUGGCAAAAAGCGGCUCAAGAUGAUCCUCGCUAUGUGCGCUACUACGCCUGGCACACUUCCAACCUGGCAUUUCCUCUCAAAAGACAACCCAAACUAUUCAAACUCGUCUCGGCGCGUGCCAGCAAAAUGUUCCGUAAGUUUCUGGAGCCGCGAUUCGAGCGGCGACCCAAGAGCCUCAGUGAGCUUUCGAAGUUCCUUGACGAUCGAUGGCUGGCCAAAGGGGCUGAGAAGGAGAUAUCAUCUAACGAACCUGAUGAACUCUGCCCGUCGAUGUACUCCUUCCACAGCAGUCCCGAGGAGAAGAACAAGCUUCUGUCCGCCUUGGCUGAGGCGGGAAUUGAGACAACCGUUGAUCGCGUGGCGAAGAAGGCGCGCAUUCGCGACUGGAUUCAAUCCUCCGUGAUCACAGAGGAGGACGAAGAGGAGGAUGACUCAGGCACAAACACACCUUCGUCCACCAUGUCCAGAACCCCUGUGGCUGGCCAUGUGUCCUCGGUGAAGGCGGAGGAGCAGCAGCAGGAGCAGAAGUACAACAGCACCGUGAAGGACGCUUCGAAGAAGCACAUUGAUCCGCGCACGGGAAUGAUUCAGAACGGUCCCAGUGAAAUGCGAGCUUCUGAGCAGAUAAUUGAAGAUCAAGCUCAAGACGUCAAGAAAGAAGUCCCCAACGGUGUGAAGAUGAACGGAAAUCACGCUGAAGACGUUGAUCGUCGCAUGUCAGUCGCAUCGACAGGAUCAACCAUGCAGACAAUGGUGAAUGCUCGACUAGAGAUCCCCAUGAAGGGUCCUAGCAACAACAUAAGAACCUACAAUGAGACACAAAACUACUCCUCGAGAUCCCUGAAGAACAACGCCAAUGAUCGCGGCCCAAUCUCCAAGGGAAUCAUGUCAACCAUCAGAUCAUUUGCCAAUGCAACCGUUCCCGAGCUGGCGAACUCCUUCGCUGCAGCUGGAAAGGGUCAGAAGGAGAAGGAUCCGGAGAAUGCAGCACCGACAGUCAUCUCCCCAGUCGCCGUCAAGAGAUCUUCCGUGCGAUCUUCAGACUCGGGCGGAUCACUUCUCAUCAACAAUUCAUCUUCCUCGAAGGAUCCCAGCCCCUUUGACUCUGAUGACAUCGAGAGUUCGCGCGGUUCCACGGGCUUUGUGAAUCUUGUUGGCUCAUCAACGGCAAUGACAUCAUCCAUGAAGGACACUCCAUAUGAUCGCGUGGUGCCUAAACAGAAGAAGAAAUGACCUCUUCCCCAUUUUUGACUCAUAUAAAUAAUCCCAGAUCAUCAAUAAACACAAUGUUCCAGAUAAA